GGAAGGAGCUGAGCUGAGACAGAGGCAAGGAGUUGAGCUGAGACAGAGACAAGGAGUUGAGCAGAGACAGAGACAAGGAGUUGAGCAGAGAUACAGAGAAGGAGCUGAGUAGAGACAGAGGGAAGGAGAGAGGAUGGCCAGUGAACUGAAGAAGAAGGCUUUCUGGCGGGCAGUGAUUGCCGAGUUUCUAGCCAUGAUUCUCUUUGUCUUUAUCAGUAUUGGUUCUGCCCUGGGGAUCCAGUACCCCAUACCCUCUGACCCCACCAACGCCACCAACACUGAGAAUCGGCCGCAAGACAUUGUCAAGGUUUCUCUGGCAUUUGGGCUGGCCAUUGCUACGUUGGCGCAGAGCGUUGGCCAUAUCAGCGGAGCCCACCUGAACCCAGCUGUCACCCUGGGCUGCUUGCUCAGCUGUCAGAUCAGUAUCCUCAAAGCUCUCAUGUACAUCAUUGCCCAGUGCGUGGGAGCUGUCGUGGGCACCGCCAUCCUGUCCGGCAUCACCAACCAGAUCAGUAAGAAUUCUCUGGGACUCAACGGUCUCAGCGAAGGAAUUUCUCAGGGACAAGGCCUGGGGGUGGAAAUCAUGGUGACGUUCCAGCUGGUUCUCUGCGUCGUGUCUAUCACAGACAGAAGGAGGAAUGAUGUCUCUGGAUCGGCACCUCUUGCCAUCGGACUCUCGGUGGCGCUGGGUCAUCUCAUUGCGAUCGAUUACACUGGGUGCGGAAUGAACCCAGCGAGGUCUUUUGGUUCAGCUGUGGUCGCCAACCAGUUUACCAACCACUGGAUCUUCUGGGUUGGACCCAUGAUCGGGGGCGCUGCCGCCGCUAUUAUUUAUGACUUCAUCUUGUCACCCCGGGUCAGUGACUUCACAGACCGCAUCAAAGUAUGGACCAACGGCCAAGUGCAGGAGUAUGAACUAGAUGACGACCACGCAAGGGUGGAAAUGAAGCCAAAAUAAAUUAUGAAAUACUCGGGGAGGAAAUAAUGAACACAGAGGAAAAAGAUAAGAGAGUAUCCGUUUUAUGGACUUUUUUUGUAAAAAGAAAAAACAAACAAGAAAAUCCUAUAUGCGUUUUUACUGCAGUUUUCUUUACCUCUACAACUUACUGUAGUUCAAAGAGUGUGUCUACAGUGACUUGCCACGCCCACUUUUUCCCCUGUACUCAAUAUGGCCGCCGUCCAAUUUUACUGAAAAUAGAGAGAUUUUAUUAUUAAAACCAUAAAUAUGAAUAAAGUUUAUGACAAAGGG